AAUGAGAAAACACCACAUCAGCUUUACAACGUAGACAGAAAAGAAAACAAAAAUGACUUGAGCAAUGAAGAAUAAUAUUUUGUCGACUUCGACGGCUAAUUGACCACAAAUUCCUUACAAAUGGUUACUACGAAAGACAUAAUGUCAGGAAAUACAACUCGAACGAUAGUUAUAACCACAUCCAGUGGAAAUGUUCCAAAAUUGGUGACCGUCAACGCCUCUGCUGUCGAAGACAUUUUCAGUGAUGAUGGGGGAGGACCACGUAAACGGCGUCGGCUCACAAACCUUUCCCCGGAGGAGAAAAUGUUAAGAAGAAAACUAAAAAACAGAGUCGCAGCACAGACAGCUAGAGAUAGAAAGAAAGAAUUGAUGGGAACUCUGGAACAACAAGUCACUAGACUAAUGGAUCAAAACAAACGUCUCCAAGAUGAAAACAAAAAACUCAAAACACAGUCAUCAUCAUUAAUUACAGAAAAUCAACACCUUAAAGAACGCCUGGGCCAACCUGGUUCAUUGGCUGAGAGAAAAUCUGAGUCCACAGGAUCUGCAGUAUCCUUUGACCUCCUGCCGUGGGGACAAACUCAGAAGUUGUCUCAGUCAAUGAUGCCAUACGCAACCUCUGUUCUGACAAUGAGUCUCUGCUUAGCAUUGUUCAGCAGAUCAGCUCUAAACCAGAAACAGAUGGUACCAGUAGAGGAAGUGACUCUUCAAUCCUCACUGCCCAAGGAAAUACCCCCAAAAUCUCUGCCAACUCUGGCGUGGUGGGGCCCACAUCAGCGGAGUUGGAAUCCAUCAAUGAACUCAUAAAAUUUGAUCAUGUUUAUUACAAACAUGAGUCCUCAUCUGUUGAAACUGGACUUGAAAAACCUGUUGUCAAAACGAACUCUCAAACUAAACUGAAUGUUCAUAUUACGCAGGAAAUACCUACUGAAAUCUCAAUAGAAGAAUCAGUUAAAACUGAACCCGAAUUAAGUGCAAUAGACAUGAUAAAUGAAACUGACCUCAAUGAUAUCAAUUUGGAAUUAUUAAAAGACAUUGAAAAUUUAAUUGGAAUUGAUUUUCAAGACCAGAUUGAACAGGACUCUUUUGAUUCUAUUUCACAGGAUGGACAAUGUGUUAAAAGCAAACAGGAAGUUACAGUGACAAAAGACACUAUUUUAAAUCGUAAACGCAAAA